AUGAGGACCUCCUUCCCUUCUGCCCACUCUCCGUUCACACGGUUCUCAAAGCAGAGGAGGAAGGGUGGGCAGCAGGUACCACGAGCCCUCUGUCCCACACAUCUAUCCAGAAGCAAGUGUAGUUCACCGGUUCCACCGAAUGCUCCUAUCUCUCGGCAAAGAUCGUGUGAGUGUGCAGUUAUGCUUCGGAUGCUUCGCCAUAGAAUAGAUCGACCCAGUUCCCGUUCUUUUCCGGUGCGCUCGCUUUAUAUCUCCGACACACAAGGAAGGACGCGGUGGGAAGGAAGCAGCCCCAGCCUCUGUCCGGCCGAUCAUUCCGCUGGCAUCUUGCAUUCACGCCUCCGUUUGACUGCCGCUCGGGGAUGUAGUUGUAGAUACUUUAGUCUUAGUGGGUCGUUGGCUCCACCUGUUAUCUCCUUCUACGACAUGCUGUUGUCGUCGCCAUAUUCCAUAUGUCACUUAGUCAUCUCUGCCUCGCUGCGGGUCAGCACCUCCGAAAGAAACGGAGGACUUCAUUCAGUGACUCCGCGAUCGCCCUCUGAACGAUCAGAAUAA